GGAUUUAGUGAAUUCCCAGUGGCCUCGUUUCACCGAACAGAUGAAUUCCUCUAAAUGACUGAUUUGCUGGAUCGCCCCCAAGACUGAAGUCCCACAAUCUACAUCUUCCUCUGUGUUUGCCAUCACCGUUGCAGGGACUAUGUUGAUGAAGGAGUACCGCAUCUGCAUGCCUCUCACCGUGGAGGAGUACCGGAUCGGCCAGCUGUAUAUGAUCAGUAAACACAGUCAUGAGCAGAGUGAACGCGGGGAGGGGGUGGAGGUGGUCCAGAACGAGCCGUACGAGGACCCCGAGCAUGGAUCAGGCCAGUUCACUGAGAAACGAAUCUACCUCAACAACAAGCUGCCAAGCUGGGCCAGAGCAGUCGUCCCUAAAAUUUUCUAUGUCACAGAGAAGGCAUGGAACUAUUACCCAUACACUAUAACAGAGUACACGUGCUCCUUCCUGCCUAAGUUUUCCAUCCACAUAGAGACCAAAUAUGAGGACAACAAAGGGAGCAAUAAUAAUAUAUUUGGCAGUGAGCCCAGAGACGAGGAAACGGAGGUGUGUUUUGUGGACAUCGCCUAUGAUGAGAUCCCAGAGCGCCACUACAAGGAGUCAGAGGUGGGGCCGGACCUGCGCUAUUUUAAGUCCAAGAAGACUAACCGAGGCCUCCUGCAGGAAGGAUGGAUCAACACACAAGACCCCAUCAUGUGCUCCUACAAACUGGUCACAGUCAAGUUUGAGGUGUGGGGCUUGCAAACACGCGUCGAGCAGUUUGUUCACAAGGUGAUUCGAGAUGUCCUACUGUUAGGGCACAGGCAGGCCUUUGCCUGGGUGGAUGAGUGGAUCAACAUGACCAUGGAGGAGGUAAGAGAGUAUGAGCGCGCCACACAGGAAGCCACCAACCUAAAGAUUGGCUCCUUCCCCCCUGCCAUCUCCAUCUCCGAGACCCCCCUGCCAUCCAGCACCCGCAGUGGCCCGAACAGCGCCCCAUCCACUCCCCUCUCCACCGAAGCCCCCGAGUUUCUGUCAGUGCCAAAGGAGCGUCCCAGGAAGAAGUCUGCUCCGGAGACCUUGACCCUGCCGGAUCCAGGCCGCAGGGAUUCAGUCUUCAAACUGCCCAGCUUUUUCUCCUGGAACUCCAGCCCGCAGCCAGAAUGAGAGCGGGGCUGUGCCACUGGUGAACGCCCUCGACCUGUGGAUCAGUGGAGGAUGCCUGCCCAGCACAUCCCACAAUACCCCCUCAGCCAGCUGAAGUGAAGGAGACUUUUCACUGUCGUAGUGAUCCCAGCCCCCUCAGCAGACUCGCCGGUGUUACAGCAAAGCCAACAGCUUUCAGGCUACAGACAGGCAGCCUGAUCACCACAGCAAAAAGUCCUGUGAGGUCUAAAGGUAUAGUGCGUCCCACUGAGAGUCUAACAAAAAGCAGCUGGAGGCUACUCAUUCUUCUCUCCUCCUCAGAUACAGCCAGCCAGCACCAUGCACCAGGCAGUGUGGAGUCCAAUUAGAGUGAGUGUAGCAUACAUUCCUGAAAAUGUUUUAUCCCAUGGAACAUAACCUUGUUUUCAUCCAAGCUCGGGGUGUGUUGACAAGGUAUGUUGAGAUUCAGUCACUGCACAUAAACAUUACAUGUACAAAAUUUGUUUUUGUCUUUUUUUUUUUCCCAGUUUACCUUUUAAACAUCGGAGACUCUGGCUUUGUGAACUGGACCUUGUGGUUUGACAAAUCUAUUUAUGUGGUGGGGACUUUAUUUCGGACAGAUUCUUUUCGGCCACUGUAUCAGUUGAGUAUUAAGGUUUUCACAGUAAGGUGUAAGGUGAUUGUGUAUUCUUGUAUAUACAGUACAUUAAAUAACCAGUAAAAUGUCAGUACUUCAAAAAGAAUAUAUCCAGUGAUGCUGCUGCUAUGAAAUGGUUUGUGCAUUUUAAAGGACAGGACUAUCUUCGGGUCUCUAUCCUCUUUAAGUGUUUAUUUAUUAUAGUGAACUCUGUCGGCCAUAAUGUCUGUAAAUGACUCAUGUAAUGAUGCAUGGUUUUGACUGUAGAGGCUGCUUUUAAAUAUUUGUGAAUGAAAUGUUUUCUUUGUCAUCUCGGCCUCAUACUUGAUGUUGUGUUUUAACUGUUGAGUUUUUACAGACUGGUCAUGUGGUUUGUGGUUUGUAUGUCGUUAUGCUGUGUAAUUCGUAUCAGCUCUAUUCAUUUUUAGUCAUACCAUUGAUGGGUUUUGUAUUCAGUGAAUUGAAUUAAAUUGCGUACCGUUGCAUCCAUAAUUGUGUAAGGUGUCUGUGUUAAUAUCAUUUGUUUGAAUGGAUUUUUGAUCAUCGGGCCUGCCAGUGACAAUAAAGGCAAAGAAGAAGUGUAGGUUUUGUGUCGCAUUGGCGAGGUCCCCCAACAGCAACAGAGCAAACUGUUAUGAACCGCAGCCCCUAAGCCGAAGAAUGCCGAGGAGACCGCUUCGGCUUAGAGGCUUCAGCGUUCUCUGGAUUCAUUCAUAGGCCACACU